UUUUUUCCUCUUAUCCCCAGGUGAGAUAUGCCAAAUCUGGUUGCGCUUCAUGGUGGGCGCCCUGUGAAGUUGUUUUGAAUACUCAUUUCAAUCGUUCGGAGAACUAAAGAAGAGGCGAAUUGUGAAUUUCAAGGGACAGGGGAAAAAAACCAAACGAACUGACCUUUUCUGACUGGUACGAACUUCUGGCAUUACCACCUUGAGUGUCCAGGUCAGGGUGUGACUAGAUUUCUUCCUUAUACACUUAUAGGUGAAUUAUAGGCUGCUCAACCACAGCAUAUUAUUGACAGCUCAGUGGGUAUUAAUUGUUGGUUCACCAAUUUCUGGAUCCAGCUGGCUGUGGUUGUCCUCGUGUAGAGAACUGAUUUGAUGUUCAGCCCCUGAAUAGGAGAACAAACUGCUUGAAGAAAGAGUCCCCCCCCCCCCAACUGAUUCCACGACAAUUGUUGGUGCUGCUGUCUCGACCGUGGCCAUGUGGACGGGAGGAGCUUCAAUGUGGCGAUUUGUGAUCGUGGUCUGCGCUGUCUUGGUGGAGCUCACUUCAGGUGCCUUCCUGGGCCUGAUCCCGCGCGAGGCGCGGCCUGGAUGGCCCCUGCGUGCGGUGUUGGCCUUCCUUGAUAGGAGCUCGAACCUUCCAGCGCAGGUCACCGUGACCCUCUGGGAGACACCUCCUCGUAGUAUGCCGCGGGCCAUCGACCAGAAGACCGCCAGCGUGGACAGUGGUAAUGAUCUGAUAAUGAUGGACUUUCAGUUGCCGGAGCUGUUGGAUUCUCGUUCGUAUCUACGUGCGACAUUCGAGUGCAGUGGGGGUGAAACGUUUAAGAAGACGGAGACCCUUAUCAUCAACGGCAACACGUCCGUGGUCCUGGUGCAGACGGACAAGAACAUUUACAAGCCUGGUCAGACUGUGAAGUUCCGAGUGCUCAAUGUGGAUAAGACCCUAAAGCCCACUUAUAGACCACUGACCGUCACAAUUAUUAAUGCCUUAGACAAUAAGAUUGAGCAGUUUUACAACAUAUCGUCGCGUUCAGGAGUGGUAGAGAAAACUUUUCACCUGGGCAAGUUUCCUGUUCUGGGCGAUUGGAAGAUCCAUGUCACUGAUGAAUUUGAAAUGUCAUACUCUACAUCUUUUAAAGUGGAGGAAUUUGUCCUGCCUAGAUUUUCUGUGGAUGUGGCAGCCGAUCCAAAUUAUUUGGUCGGAACAAGUCUUGGCACGACAAUCACUGUCACUUCUUUAUAUACAUAUGGAGAAGGAGUUCAAGGGAAAUGUGAGAUCAAACUCAAAGUUCGAGGAUGGACUUUUGCAAGAACGUAUGCCAAAGCAAUUUCCCCUGGUGGCAAAGCACAGUUCGAGGACAUUGACUGGGACUAUGUCCUUCAGUAUUCGACAGGGAAGGAUGAAAUUGAGGUCGAGAUCACGGCUUCUGUGACUGACGAGACAGGACGGACUGAAGUUGGGGAGAAGGUCCUCAACAUAUACAAACAUGAUGCCAAGAUUGAGAUUCUUGACUCGUCAUCAUCGGUCCUUAGAAAAGAAAUCCCGUCUAAAUUCUUUGUCCAUGUUUCUGAUCUGCAAGGCAACCCAUUGCCAAGUGCGGAAGUUGAACUUUCAAUUAGGAUACCCCAGCAUAAAGAUGUGGUCCUGACGCAAAUUUUACAGCCGGGCCAGACAGACAUCACAUUUUCCUUUGUUCCUGAGAUCUAUUCUGACCUAUUUUACAAUUACUACGAUGUGACUGUGAAGGCAAGUUUGACUUCUAACCCAAGUGUAUAUGCUAAGAAGACAAUCCGUGCUGCUGACUCCGAGGAAGGGAUUGCUCUUGAGCCCAGAAGCCAAUCACCGCUUGUAGGCGACACAGCUGAGUUCAAAAUUUUUGAAAAUAAGGGCGAUUCUGGGAGGAUCACAAAAGGCUUUCUGGUGACCAGUCAGGGCAACAUUGUCGAUGGGGGAAUGGUGUCUGGUGACAGGAUCCGUUUAGAUGUCAAACAGGAAAUGUGUCCAAGUGCUAAUGUGGCCGUGUUCAUGAUGACCUCAGGAUCUAUUUACCGGGUCGUCGCUGAUGUGGUGUCCAUAACACCACAGGCCUGCUUGAACAAAAAGGUCUCAGUAAAAUUUGAUACUACUGAAGCUCGUGUUGGCUCUGAGGUGGGCAUGCGUCUUGCUGUUGACCGGACAGAUGGCUCGAACGCCAUGCCCGGAGAGCACUCUGUGUAUUACUUGGCCGUUGACAAAAGCAUCGUACUUCUAGAAGGCAGCAGUGACUUGGAUGAGGGCAAGGUUAAAUCUGCUUUGGGCUCACUCAAGUUGAAGUCUGCACUAACAUCUGAUUCAGCAGCUAAUAAUGCUGGAAUGUUUUUCAUGGCGUCCGGGCUGGUUGUUUUUUCUGACGCCACUGUGGGGGAGGAGCAUAGGUCAACAAUCUACUUCAAAGGCGACGUUGUGGCGCUGGCUAAUGAUGUUGCAAUGGCUUUUAGGUUUUCAGACGUUCUUUCUGUCUAUGAACUUGCCAUACAAUCUGAAACGUGGAGAGGUAUUCUCUCUGCGGGUCACAGUCUUCAACUAUCGAGGCCAGGCACUAGAUACUGUGGUAAGGCUGAGACAGAACAGCUCUCAGUUUGCAGUGGACAAUGCCAUAAUGUUCGAUGGCUGGUUUGAAAAAACAGUUAGUCUGAGGCCAAAUCUGGCUUCGAGUGUGGAGUUCAAAAUCAGAGCGACAACUGUGGGUUAUAUAGAUCUGCAGGUACAGGCUGGAGACCCUGAAAAUGGGCCAUUUGAUCAAGUGCAGCGCAAGCUCUUGGUAAAGCCUGAAGGAGUGGAGAGACGCAAUGCCAUGACAGAAAUACUGACUGUGGAUGAGGGUGUUGUGAGUGAGACAUUCAAAAUUGAUUGGCCGUAUGAGAAGAUGGUGCCUGACUCGCAGCGUGUGGCUGUCAAAAUUACAGGAGAUGUGCUUGGUCAAGCUCUUGCCAACCUUGAUAAGCUGGUAACCCAACCCUUCGGCUGUGGUGAGCAGAACAUGAUUACAACAGUACCCAAUAUCUUUGGCGUCAGAUACAUCAAAUCAACCGACCAAGUUGGCAUGGAUGACCUUGUAAACAAAAUGAUUGAAAAUAUGAAGUUUGGUUACCAAAGGCAGGUUAGCAGGUACCGCCAUAGAGACGGUUCCUUCAGUGCUUGGGGUGAAGGCAGUUCUAAUAGGGUUGACCAACACAGCUCUGAAGCCAGGACUCCUGGAAGCACCUGGUUGACGGCGUUUGUCAUAAAGAGUUUUGCCCAAGCAUCCCUUUACAUCGAUGUCUCCAAUGAAGUCCUGACUAAGGGGAUCGAGUUUCUCAAAAGUGUGCAGAAGUUUGAUGGUAGCUUUGAAGAACGGGGCAAAAUUAUCCACCAGGGAAUGACAUCGGGCACCUCAAAAGGGCCUGCCCUCACUGUCUACGUCCUGGCGGCCAUGUUGGAAGUGAGGAAGUUCACUCAGACUGACCUGAAUGUAGAGAUCAACAAAGCGAUGGCUUACAUGAAGCAGGUAGUGACAUUGCAAUUCCUUAGUAGCAGAAAUCAAAUGUUCCUGGGUGCCCUCACAGCCUACACUCUAUCCCUUGUACCGGAGCGAACUGAUGACAUCAUAGACAUAGUUGACAACAUUCUUAUAAUUGUUGAGGAAAAUGGAGCGUCAUGGUCACCAUUCUCUAAAGAAGAAAUAGUUCCUCCUUCAAAAAUGGUCGAGAUGGGAGCAUAUUGUCUGUUGGCCUACACCCAUAUGGAUCAGUUAAACCUAGGUUUGCCUAUUAUGAAAUGGCUGCAAGCUGAACAGAACAGUGAGGGAGGUUUCCACAGCACUCAGGAUACUGUGAUGACACUGCAGGCAUUUUCUGAUUUCGGUAUGCUGUCUCAUCGUGCCACUCCAUCUAGCAUGGUCACUGUUACUGAUCCAGCCACUGGGAAAUCGAUAAAAGUUGACAUUUCUGGUUCUCGUUCUGUCCUUCUGCAAACUGUAGAGCUCCCGGCCAACACUACACAAGUCAAUGUGACUCUCACCGGCCCUACCAAGGCAAUAAGUGUUGUGAAGGUGGUGUACUACUACCAUACCUACCCAGGUAAAAGGUCUGCACCUAAGGAACCUCUAGUGUCACUAUGGACUCAGACCAGCAGAGUCUCUCCCAGUGUACAUAGAGUCAAGACCUGUGUCAAGAGCUCCAACAAACUGACAGAAGAUAGCAUGAUGGUGGCUUCUCUGAUUAUGCCGUCCGGAGAACGGGUUUUAGAUGAUGUCACCACCCUCAUGCGGAAAAACCCACACGCCAAACGCAUAGAACCAGAGGACACUGAACUGCACUUUUAUACAGAUGGGCCCCCAGGAUCUGGUUAUUGCUUUGAAGCUGAUCUGGAAUCAGAAAUUGACUUUGAAGUACAGAAGCCGGGCUCUGCCAAGUUUUAUUCCUACUAUGAACCAGAGAUCUCCAGCGAGGUGCCACUGGUGCUGAAUAUAUCCUGUAGGAAUGACGACUGCAAUGGAAUAGAUGGGGCCGUGCCAAUACACCUGGCCAAUGUUCUUCUCACUGUCAUGAUAUGCUCGCUGGUCAGUUUACUGGCCUCUGUGUAGAACGGACACAUCCAGUUGACUUUUUUUUCAUAUUCGGACAGUUUGUCUGUCUGUGUUAUAUCUGUAUACAGCCUUACCACCCGUGAAGGCGUUUGGAACAGAAAAUCUUUACAUUUUAUGGUUUCUCCUCCCGUCAACUCUAUUUAGGCUUCACCAUUUCUCUCUUCCAUAAGUGACAACGAAAUUGAAGUUAAAGGUUACGUGAUCACUUGAAAAUUUUAAUAGCUGGAUGGCAAAUGAAUUUAAAUGGCUUUUUCUUAGCUGUGAAGAGAAGUUGCUGGUCAAAUUCAUCACAACUAUUUCCUGAAGAUUGUUCGCCUUGUAGUUGGCUGGCCACUCCAAUAUACUGAAAGUGUGUGUGUGCUGACAUUUCCAAAGUGCAACAAACAAUGUUUACCUUUCCUGACUAUUUACCUGUACUCUUUCUUACUUUUGCACUAAAACAGUCAUAGAUGUUUGUCUCUGCUUGUUCAUCAUUUGAAGAAUUAGAAUUGAAAUGAAUUUUUGUAAGCUUUAACAACUUAUGCUGCUUGAAAAUUUUACUGAAUUCUCUUUCUCUGACUGAAUGUGUUUCUCAUAGCUAUCAUGAUUUCCAGGCAAAUGGUUGUGGUUCAAAGCCCCUGAAUGGCAUCAUUGUUCUUUCAAUUUUUGGUCAAUGGCCUAGCGGUUAGGCUUUGGAACUCCCAUCCAUAAAGUCAUAGAUUCGAAUCCUGUUGGGGGCCUGACGAUGUGUUCAUAGGAAAGGCACUUACAUGAAUUUUCCUUACUUCACCCAAGGAGGAAUGGGUACCCCGCUUUUGACAGCAAAAUAUCAUCAGUUUGUUAGUGUUUGAGUGCGUGUUAUCUGCAGCUUGCACUGCAUGCCUCCUGAGAAGCAGAGAAUGUUUCUCAGUAUUUUUGUAGGGUCUGCUGGGGUAAUAAUAGUUGUAAAGUGUUUAGAGCAUGCUGUAGAGCACUGGGUAUGCACUAUAUAAUGCAAUAAUUGUUACUAUAGUGACAUAACAUUAUCUUACAUAUUUUGUGAACUCUUAGGCACUAGACUAAAAAAAUGGAGGAAUUUAAUUCAGAUUUAGAUCUGUUGCUUUGGAUGUGGGAGCAAAGAAAAUUAAUAGAUAGCAUGUUUAAAAGAAGCAUGUGAAUACGCUUCCUUUUUUUUUGUUUAUGUAUCAGUGUGAUAUAUAUGAGAAUGGGUUGGUUUUUGGCUAUUCUUAUGAAAUUGACCAGCAAGCUACCUGUUUGUGUUCAAAGCUUUGUUCCAUGACAGGAAAAGUUUUGAUUUAAGUGUGUAGAAGCAGCAAGUGAUUGCAGAGUGCUUGGGUUUUAUAUGAGGAAAAUUCUAAUGCCUUGUUGUUCGUAUCAUAUUGUGCCUUCUUUUCACUUAUGAGAAAUAUUGUCUCGGAUAAUAGUUUGUCCAUCAAUAUCUGAUGAUGACCAGUGUUUCUUCAGAGGUAAUUUCAGAAAGAGAACUACGUGUAGAAGACCAUUUGUGACUUUUGAUGUGGCCAAUAAGACUUAUUCUGGUAGAAAAGAGUUUGCCGCAUUUUGAGCAUUUAAAAGCCUUAUCGCCACUUCUGAUGUGCACAACUUGCAUUUGUAAUUUGCGACGCCUCAUAGGAUUUGCUGCCCUCUGUGAUAGUUGCUCUCCCAUGUCAAGGGUUGAAGUCCUUCAGAGACAUUUUUAGAAUGCCUUAAUAGUGUCUAUUUGGUUCACCAGCAUUUUGCCUUCAUGAGGACAGCUCAGAGUAGAAUACUCCCUUUGGGAUUCUGAAGUCAGGCAUCUUACGGCAUGGCCUGUUAAUAAACUAGUAGCACUGGAACCAAUAUUUCAAUUCAAGAGCAAAGUGUAGACUUACUUUAUGGUGACUGCCGUUUGGAGUCAUUUUUGAAAAUUUGUAUAGAUGUCCUUGUUGUUUGUGAUUUGUGUUUGAUUUGAUUUGAUAGUGCACUAGCUUUUGAGAUGCUGGAGAUAGCAUGUGCCAUGCUUGUUGGGCAUGUUUUCCAUUGACUUCUAUUUGCCUUGACUCUUGUCCCGAAUCAUUUCUUUACUUAAAUAAACCUAUUCAUAUUUUAUCCCGUUUCUUUACCCAUGUUAGGAAAAUGUCUAAAGAAUUUCAUUCAACAGUAAGGAGAUGUGUUCAUUUUGCUAGAUGUCAUGACAUUUGUUUUUGCUGUCUUUUACAUGAUCACUCCAGGAUAGUACUAUUUAUGUAUAGAGUGCACUGGGGCAGUGGAGGGUGCUGGCUACUGGUGGCCUUGAUCUAGUUCUCUCAUUUUAUGCAAAAACUGAACAAAUUACAGCUGUUUUGAUCUUGUUUUGGUAUGAAAGUUCUUCUUCUGAGCCAGAAAAGGAUGAAGAAAGUGAUACGUUUGUUUUACUCAUGUAAGUUGAGAUUUUCUUUGAUGGAUGGAGUAGGUGUCAUGGCUUAUGAAUAAAAAAAAGAAUAAUUUCAACAUAAAGCUCAGCAUUCACACAUAAUCCUUCAACUCUCAAAGGUUUCAAACAUGGGAUUUUGGAGGCCUAUGACAAGUACCAAUGUCUACUUUUAUUGUUGAGGGUUGUGAUUAAUGUUUUUAUCUUUAGGAAAUGUCAAGAAUAUUUUGACUAUUUCAUUUUUUUUCUUCAUGUGAUUUGGAGAUGAAAUCGUAAAAAUAAACUUGUAAAUUAGGAUGCGAGAUACCAAGGUGUCCACUGGCUUUUAGUCUCAACUUUUAUGUUUUAAUGUACAUGUAAUCAGCUACUCCGUAAUAUUUGUAUAACUGCCAUGAGUUGUAAGCUAAUUUUUUUGUAUGGCUUUAUAUUUGUAUAGAUCAUUGGGCAUAAUAAGAUUUAUAAAUAGUCAAAUUUUGGAUGUUUUAAAGUGAGAAUAAUGAAAAAGAUAUUUUGGCUUCUCUGUUCAUUUAUGUUUAGGUCUGAAUCAUACCAUUCCUCCAUUUGUUCAAAUCUACUCCGUAAGGCUCUUAAUGGAACUCCAAGUGGAAGGGUUGUUUAUAAGGAAAUUAAAAGUUUUUCCGCCUUUGUGA